AUGGUGUCCGCCUCCGUCAUCAUGUUCGUGCUCGCCGGCCUCUUCUUCAACCUCAACCUCUUCAGCGGCAUCUCCGACGUGAGCGCCACGCUGGACCCCAAAGUCCGCCUCUUCCUCUCCUCGGCGCUCUCCCUCCUGCUCCCCGUCAUGUCCUACCUCUUCUCCGAGGCCAAGAACGCCGCCGUCGGCGCUAGCUUCUCGUCAUCGGCGACGAGCGGCCGUGCGGCGGCCGAGCUAUCGAUGGGGGCCGGGCUGAUCCUCGCGUGGAUGCUCCUGGUCGAGCUCCUCCGCAAGAAGGUGGACGAGAUCCGCAUGCGCGGCUUCUCCGGCUCCAUCCAGCGCGCUGGUCGCGUCGUCUGGCUGGGAAGCCUCGUCUUCUUCAACAUCAGGAGCACCGGCCGGAAGGCGCUGUUCGCCAUCCUCUGGAUCCUCUGUGCCACCAGGGUCGUGCAGAGGAUCGCCUACACUGAGAUCGGCAAGAACUCGUACGCCCAUGGCAAGAACGCCCGGCUCAUCAACUCCUACAUGGCCAAGAAGCUGGAAGAAGACGAGGAGCGUCGUCAGGCUGCCGCUGCCCCACGGGGUGCUCGCCAUGACGACGACGUCGAGCAAGCUGCCCAUCAGGUCAACAAUGGACGCGACCUGCUCGAGAGCUGCAGCUACAUUGUCAUGGGAGAGGAGAAGAUGGUGCGGCAGCCAACCGCAGACGGCUACGAGCUCGACCUGACCACCCUUGGCGGUGGCGACAGUGGCGGCGUCAUCACUGUCGGCAAAGUCUGGGAGCUCAACGAGAACGACGACACCUUCGCCUCCCCCAGCGAGGUUCAGCGACUCAAGAGACUCUGCCUCUCGUUCGCUCUCUUCAAGCUGCUGCGGCGGAAGUUCGAGCGGCUUCCGGCGGUGACCGACAAAGAGGCAGAGGACUGCCGCAGCCUCAUCUUUAGAGGCCUGCUGCACCACAGCCGCAACGCCGGUGGAAACAGCGCGGCGGCAGAGGAAGUGUUCCAGGUGAUGAACGACGAGGUCGUCUUCCUCAGCGAGUACUACCACUCCGUCGUGCCCGUCGUGCUCGCGAGCCCUUUCUUCCUCUUCGUGAACUACUUCCUCGUCCUCGCCGUCGUGGCCGCGCUGUGCGUCAUGACCGUCAUCCUCUGCGGCAACGGAGACGCCGUGUACGCGUUCACGAGCAUCGGCGACGACAACUACACCUUUCGCGCCGGCAUCGGCAAGAUCGCCAUCUGCCUCGUCCUCAAGGCCAAGAACUCGCCGGAGGCUUUCUUCUCCAUCGUGGACCUCUCCAUCACGCUGCUCCUGUUCGUCAUCUACUUCUACGAGGAGAUCUGGGAAUUCUUCGUCUUCCUCCUCUCCAACUGGUUCAUGGUAUCACUGGUCUGCAGCUACAUGGCUAAGCCCCACUGGCGUGACAGCCCAUGGAUCCGGUACGCCUUCCACCGGAUCAUCUGGCUGAGGAGCAUGCUCAACCAUGGCAGCCUCAGCUUCCGGCAGUUCUCCGUGCUGCACCAUCGCUGGCCACUCGGACUGCCGUUCUUCUCCACGCUGUCCUUGGUUCUCAGAACAGAGCUGGUGCCCAAGAACCUGAAGCACUCCAUCAUAGAACGCCUCUUGGAUUUGGACCAUGGCCAUUGCACUGGUGGUAGCACUGCGUAUCAUACUCCUCUUUCGAAUGGCAAGGCCGCUCUGCAGAGCAACAUCUUCCUCUUCGACAAGCUCUCGUGGGCGUGCCGGAGCGACAGCGUCUCCGAGGUCUUCCUCACAUGGCACAUCGCCACUUCCAUCUUGGAGGUGCAGUCUGGUCAGCAGCGGGGAGAUGAAGCGGCGGCGCAGAGAACGGCGGUGAGGCUGUCCAAGUACUGCGCGUACCUGGUGGCCUUCCACCCGGAGCUUCUGCCGGACAAUCCCGAGAAGACGGAGCGUGUCGUCGACGACAUGAAGGCGGAGCUGGGCGGCAUCUUCUGUUGCUGGGAGUACUACCUGUUGUCCCAGAGCGCACGAGCUAAGAAGAUCAUGGACGCAGCAACGUCUACAGGUAGUGAUCAGGUGAACGGGGUUGUCAGAAAUGGUGGGAAGCUGGGGAGCUUGCUGGAUGGUUUCCGAGUAGCUGAUGCAUGGAAGGUGUUGGCCGAUGUGUGGACGGAGCUCAUCGUCUUCGUGGCGCCGUCGAGCGACGAGGAGCGCGUCAAGGGGCACCAGGACGUGCUGGUGCAAGGAGGCGAGUUCAUCACCGUGCUCUGGGCGCUGACCACGCACAUCGGCGUGUCUCACGGUGCCAACAAGUUACCGGUGAAAACUUUAGAAGACCUGAUGGGUGAAUCCAUGCGUAAUGCACCCCACAUUGCCCCGGAGAUAAGCAUCAUGUAG